CCACAUGUUCUUUUAUUCAUUGGAAAGUCCGACUUCCAUGAUGUCACUUACAAACAAUUGUAUACGCUUUUAUCAUCCUUUGAAAUGGUCAUCCUUUCACAAAACCAAGUGGCCAUCGUCCCUUUUUCUUAUGUCAAUAUUUUCAUUUCAUUAAUAGAUACAAAACAGGUGUAAUAUAAUAUAGGGUGGUUUUCUUGUAAAUUAGCCAAGCAGGAUGGGGUAGGGAGGUUCUUUGGUUAAGCCAUACUACUCUUUUCCAAGAAAACAAGAAAAUGUCAAACCUAGGCAGCAUUAGCGACAGUGGAAAUAUGAAGAAUGCACCAAUUUUCAAUGAAUUCAAGAAACAGGCUUCUUUUUUUUUCAAGGAGAAGAUCAGGACUGCCCGUUUGGCCUUGACCGAUGUUACACCAGCACAAUUACUGGCAGAAGAAGCUACAAAUGGAAAUCCAAAAGGGCCAGAUGCUCGUACUCUUAAGAUCAUAUCCAGGGCUGCUUUUGAAGUCGAUGAUUAUUGGAGAAUCGUUGAGACACUGCAUAAAAGAUUGGCAAGAUUUGAUAAAAGAAACUGGAGGGCAUCAUAUAAUGCCGUGAUUUUGCUAGAACACUUGUUGACUCAUGGGCCUGAGAGUGUUGCAGAGGAGUUUCGAACUGAUAGAGAUGUAAUUAGGGAAAUGGAAAGCUUUCAACAUAUAGAUGAAAAAGGAUUUAAUUGGGGUCUGAAUGUGAGGAGGAAAACUGAAAGGGUAUUGAAAUUGCUAGAGAAAGGGCCUCUUUGGAAGGAAGAAAGGAAUAGAGCCAGAAAGAUUUCGAGAGGGAUUGAAGGGUUUGGUAGUUUCAGCUAUAAGACUCCACCAGGCCAAGAAUUUUUGCAGGAAUCAUCAAACAAAGCGUUUGAUAAAUGCAAUUCGCAGUUCAAUGAACAUGGAAAUCGGGAUGAAUUAUUUUCUGUCUCGAAUGAAGAUAACAUGGUCGAAAUAAAACACGAGAAGCCCUUGUACCCAACUAACCCAGCAAUGAAUGACAAUCCUCGAAUAAAUUUGAAAGAAAAUAUGGUCCCCAACCAGGGAGUUGUCAUGGGGGAGUCAAACGAUCAAAACUGGACGUGUGUGGCAGAGUCGAAGCCCCUACUGGACGAGCAGAAACUUGAGCCUCAGAUUAACAUGCCCAUGGAAGAUCAUCCCUUCAAUGAUGCUGAGAUUCAGACAACCCUGAUAUGCCACAACAAGUAUGUUGAAAAUUAGGCCGAAUGGUUUAGUUUAAUUACGAAGGAUCCCAUCUCAGGAUAUGCUCAUAUUUUCAAGUUGUCUUGCUGUUUAAGUAGGCUCCCAUCUCAGGACUUUGAGAUUUAAGUAGUCCUCUCCUCGGACUAUAAACUCGAGAAUUCAAGAACUCAGAAUCUCGAUAACAUAUCGCUUUAUAUUUAGAAUACUAUGUUUUGUUUUCAA